AAAUUAUAUUUUCUAAAUAUUGUUGCCUAAAGCAGAUCAAUUAAAAUACACAAAAAAUGCCACACGUCAGGUUCAAAUACAGGCGAUCUUUUUAGGAUGGUUUAUUUUAACAAAUUGUAGGCCUUUGCCUGAGUCCCUGCAGGAAUUAUAAUUUUAUUCAAUAUUGAUUGGAGCGGUGCGGUGUGUUUUCAAGGCCUAUACUUCAAAUAUGCCGUAAAGGGCAGCCUCAGACGUUGCAAUUCCUGAUGUUUUUAAGAGAUAGAGUAUCUAACCUUUUUUUUAGAUUUAACAUUUCUGUGUUUCCUGAUGACAUUUCUAUUUAUUUUAUUUUUGGUUUUUUCGGAAGGAAAAUUGAGCCAAACAUGAAAGGAGCAGCAGAUUUGCGGAAAAUGUUUUUUUUAAAGCUUCGAUCAGUAAAUGAAAUUAUGGGUCAAAACGAUGAAACGCGAGGAAGGGGAUUUGUUUUCAAAAGGCUAAUUCAGUUUAGGCAUGCAUGCGCCUUUACGCAUUACGGGUUCACUCCCCAUAAAUGAAGGCCAAACUCAAACAGGCUCAUUUGUAAAACUUCACUUUUGCCAGAUGCCAUUUAGUGAAGGCUUUUUUCCGAAAUAGGACGUAAUUGUCAUUUUAAACAUCUAUAAUGCUUGUCAUUUUUGCAGAGCUGCUGAAAUAUCGAUCCACUGUCCUUUCUGAGAGACAUUACGUUGUUUCUGCUCGGAUGUGCAGCUGCGGGCUCCACGACAAUGAAACCAUGUAUUAACUGUCAAAUUAUUUUACCAAGCCUGUUAAAAUAUUAAUAAUUAUCAUACAGAAAACUCAGUGCGUAAUUUUACGCAUCUGUUGGCACCUGUUGGUUUUGCGUCGGUUUUCAAUAUUUAAAGAAAGAUAUGAUUUUAAAAAAGGAAACGUUGUUAAUUCUAAUAUUUCGUGCAAAGCGAAUGCCCCAGACGCGUAAAAGCGGGCCACGGAAGCACAAUGGCCACAGAAAGCCGAACACGCAGCUGAGGUCGAGCAGACGUGGCAGGAGUAUCGAUCUCUAUGAGAACGUGUAGAUGUGGUUUGCUGCCAGGAGGCCAAACUUCAGCCUGCAUUGUGCUCCAUUAUUUGCGGUUAAAGAACAACAAUUAAAAACGCAGCUUUAAAUUUAUAGUUGUUUAUGUGAAAAGACUAUUUUUUUUAUUUUAUUCAAAAUUUCUUGAUUAUAAAUGAAAGUAUCAACAGAUCCAAGAGCGCCCUAAUGCGCAUCCUAAUUAAAUCCUCUUCUAUCUGCCUUUAAACCCCGCAUGUCCCCGCGCUGCACGCUUGGACAGCCACACUCUGCAGAGUUAGUCCCCCUUUGUCUCGACACACGUCACACACACGCCAUUGACAUUGACUUCACAUCAGAGACAGUUUAACUUCUUCUCUUUCUUUUCUCUCCUUUUAUUUAGCUCGUUCAACCGAGCGCCCACUCUAUUGUGGGAGGGCCCUGACAGAUGUGGGGCCCCUAGCAGGUCCAAAAAACAGGGAAAAGUCUGAAAGGUUAAUCUGUCCCCCCGCAGAUGUUGGCUUUGGGAGUCUUGAAGCGUCACCUUUGACAUGUCCCUCAUUCAGCAGGGGGUCCAGAAGGACACUGGCCGCUGCAAGCUGUCACCUCGUGCCGGCUGAGGACGCCCUGCAUGCGCAGCGGGUCUGUUGGGCUAAACGGCCCCUGACAUGGAAGCAGUGGAUGGCUCUUACCGGGGCAGAAAAGUUUUGACACCCCCAACCACAGUGCGGUUACGCAUCAGCAAAAAUUCUUACCUUUGGAUUUUACAGAAAAUCUGCGCGUAAUAAGUGAAUUCGAACUUUUUUUUGCAAAAGUGGAAAGUGCAAAAGUUUUCUCCGACAACAAAAGAUCAGGUUGCAUUUUUACACUUGAACCUCAUUCUUAAACUGUUUGGACGCACGCACACACACCCAUGCUGGGCUUGGUUCGUUAAGCCUAAUGUUUGAACAAUGGACACAUCUGCUCAUCUUUUUCUAUCAAAAGAGAAGGUACUGCGGCUCUUCUUGGUUUGGUUAAACCGCCAACAUAUUUGGCAUUUGGGUGGGGGUGGGGAGCUGAAGUGCGCCACUAAUGAAAGAAUAGAUGCGCAUGAACACACACACACGCACGCAGGCACCCGCACGCACACACUGCAAAUUGACUGACAGCCCCUUAAACCGCUAAUUAACUCGUCAGAUGAUUUGUGCAGCGUCUCUUUUCUGCUGUCAUGAUGAGAGGAACUACCGGAUUUUUGUAAUCCUAAAGUUAAAAAAAGGAAAAAGAAAAUUCCAAACGCACCCGGAAGUUGACUUUAUUUGCAGUUAAUGAUUUAAGGAAGGCUGGACGUCAGGCUAAUGAAUCUGAUAUUUUCUAAGCAGCAGUUAUGAACUGAAUGUUGGCCUCUGUAUCCAGUUUCAGCUCAAUACCGUGAGUCCAAUACUUAUUGGAAAUUUAACUAAACGCCAUAACGCGGCUAAGUAUGGAUUUGUAGUGAGCUUUAAGCAAAUAGUUUGAUUCCUCCUCCCUAAUCAGAUACCUGACGUCAAAGCGGUGGCUCCGCGUGUGCGCGUGGGAGAGGGAGAGACAGAAAAAGAGAGAGCGCGCAUGGGAGGAGGUGUGUGUCCACUGUGCGCAUGUGUAGACGCUGUGAUCUGUGCUGCGGUGUAGCAGGCACUGGACACAACUAGAGAGAUGGCGCGGCACCCGACCGGAGCGCAAGGACAGCUGGUUGGCGGUGGGGGGGCUUGAAUGAUAGAGAAUCAGAUUUUUUUUAUUUUUUUAUUUUUUUAAAGAAACUAAUUUGGAAAUUAAAAGAAAGCGGAGAAAAUGAUCUUUGGAGAAACGGCGCAGAGGUAGGAAAAUAAGACAUUUUACGCAAAGACAACAAGGAGACUAUCGCAACGAAGUGGUGGAGGGGGGACAGCAACAAAAGAGAAUUUGACUCCCCUGGAUGUGAGGACUUCUGGGCAUCAGUUUACUGCAGUCGGUCAGAUAGAUGAUUUGUCCACAGCGCUGCCCGGACCAUGAACGCACAGCUGUCGAUGGAGAAUAUAGGAGACCUGCAUGGAGUGAGCCAUGAGACCGUGACCGGCCACGGAGAGCUGCUGAGUGGCCACAGUCCGCAUUCCCGUCCGAGCCCCCGGGGGCUGAGCCAUCGCGCUAUGGGCAUGGCGACCCUACUGGACAGCGGAGACUAUCACCCCAGUCACCACGGACACCUGCAUCCGGCCAUCAGCAUGUGCGAAGCCCCCCCUGGCAUGAGCGCCAGCACCACUUACACCACCCUAACUCCGCUGCAACCCUUGCCCCCCAUCUCCACCGUGUCCGACAAAUUCCCUCCCCAUCACCACCACCACCACCAUCCCCACCAUCCUCACCCCCAUUCUCACCAGAGGAUCCCCGGGAAUGUCAGCGGCAGCUUCACGCUGAUGCGGGAGGACCGGAGUCUGGCGCCCAUGAACAGUCUGUAUCCCGCGUAUCACCACAAGGAUCCCUGCAUGGGCCAGAGCCUCUCCCCGCUCUCUGGAUCCGGACUGGCCAGCAUACACACGUCCCAGGCCGGCAUUCCUCCCUAUGCCCAUCCGGGAGCCGCCAUGCCCGGUGAGAAGAUGCUCACCCCCAGCGGGUUUGAGGCUCACCACCCAGCCAUGCUCGGCAGGCACGCAGAGCAGCACAUGAGCUCCUCCGCGGGCAUGGUGCAAAUCAACGGCCUCCACCACCACACCCACGCCCACCUUGGCGCACAGGGACACGGUCAGGGGCUGGGGAACAGCCGGGAGCAGGCUUCCGGGCCCGGCCGGCAAGGGGCCAGCGGUGGUGGAGGAGGAGGUCUUUCUGGGGGACAGAUGGAGGAGGUGAAUACCAAAGAAGUGGCGCAGAGGAUCACCACGGAGCUGAAGCGCUACAGCAUCCCUCAGGCCAUCUUUGCCCAACGCGUCCUUUGCAGAUCCCAGGGGACACUGUCCGACCUGCUGCGAAACCCAAAGCCUUGGUCAAAGCUCAAGUCCGGCAGAGAGACCUUCCGGCGCAUGUGGAAGUGGCUGCAAGAGCCUGAGUUCCAACGCAUGAGUGCGCUCAGGCUCGCAGGUGAGCGAAGCCUCGCAUGCAAGCGUAAGGAGCAGGACCACGGCAGGAGCGAGCGGGGAAAUGUGACCAAGAAACCCCGGCUUGUGUUCACAGACGUCCAGCGGCGGACACUUCACGCCAUCUUUAAGGAGAACAAGCGUCCAUCCAAAGAGCUGCAGCUCACCAUCGCCCAGCAGCUGGGCCUCGAGCUGGCCACAGUCAGCAACUUCUUUAUGAACGCGCGUCGACGGAGCCUGGAUAAGUGGGUGGACGACGGCUCUCUCUCAGCCAAUUCUGGGCCCAACGCCUGCACCAAAGCCUAAUUUGACCAACUCAUGUACUAACUCAACCUCGGUGGAAAAGCUUUAAAACCUAAGAGAAACAAAGACAUCUUUAAAAAAAACAAAAAAGACUUUGAAGCAACGUUUUGCCCUUAAACCUGUACUAUAUUGAUAUUUAUAGAAUCCAAAGAUGAAAAGAGACAAACCAAAGACUUCUUCUUGUUUGACCUGCUUUAAAAUGUUUGUUUCAGCAAAACAUUUAUGUGUAACAUACCGCAAAAGACUAUAGUUUUACACCCCCGACACACACACACGCACACACACACACAUGGUCACUGGUCUCUAGCUUUACUACAACCCUCUACUCCCUCUGUAUCAAACUAUCAUUGCCAUCCUUAUCUUUAAUCUGAUUGGUUGGUUUUAAUGAUGGGUCCCCAAAUGGAGGUCUAAUCAGCCUAUAGGCAGUCUGAUCUGCAGCUGUCCACAGCCUUGAAAAACAAGGAAUAAUGGAGUUCCAGCAGGGUCAACCAAUCAAUUUCAAAGGGAAACGAAUCCUGCUGGGGCUCUAGGAUUGUUCUACAAUCUUUGUUUGGGUUGGUGGGAAGGACUUUCUGACUGUAUGCCUGUUUAUGUGUCUCUGUUUGUCCGUGCAGCUGUUUGUCUGUCUGCAAAGCAUCCCAGACAGACGGAGAAAUGACCAUUUAGUAGACUGCUAACCCCAAAUCAAAUCCAAAAAAUAACAAUAAUAAGGACUGUUCCUAACUCACUCUGUAGUGCUUUCCUCUGACAUGCUGAAGCAUGGAGUCACUUAAUUUAGAAAAAAACAGUUUUCUAUCCCUCAAAGCUGCUGAGAUGUUUAACUUCUAACAAAUCUGCCAUGAAGCAAUUUACCAAAGAUUCUAUCUUACAGUUCUUUUUUUAAUACUUUUUUUGAUCCUAAAGAUCAGAAUGAUGUGCGUGGUCUUACCAGCUUUUUGCUGCUUAAAGAAAUUGCCUUAAGUAUGCCUUUAUUAAUUUGAAUCACUACUCCAGCUUUUCCUUCACAGUCAGUUUCUCAUGAAUGUUCACGGUGGAGAUAAAUAGUCACAGAUUCAUAAAAACAGCCAAUCUUUUUGUGUUUGUUGCCUCCUCUGCAGCAGUUCUGGCUCAGUGUGUGAUCUUGACAGUGAUAGAGGAAGCUGGCAGCCCCUCCUGACUUUUUUUUUUUUUUGCACAAAGUGUGUCACCACUUUGAUAAUAAGGACUGAGCAUCACCUCAUCCUCCCUGUACGCUGCAUAGGGAUUUGAUUAUAUCUCCUCAUCAAAGAUGUAGUGCAGAGGAGAUGAUAUCAAUGAUUGAAUCACUUUCAGGCGCUUACACGGCAAUGUCACCUGACUACAAAAACACAUCCCGAGCUUGCUGCCAACCUCCUCUCUCUCUCUAAGCCAUGCGUUUCAGCACGAGGACGAAAGCACUACACAGAUUCAGAAGCCGGCUCCCUCUUUGAUAAGGGUUAGCAGCUCUACACUCAUCACAAAAAGCUCCAAAGAAGGAGCCGGAGGAAGCUGCUUCUUCAUCUCUAAGAGAAAAAACCAAAAAGUUGACAAGAAACAAAAAAAAAAAAAAAA